GUAUUUAGGAUAGGGUGGGAUUUUUGCUUUCUUGACCAUGUGGUUCUGUCAAUCAUGACUCAAAACAAGAUGGCAGACAAGGGGAACUGGGCUUUGGCAAUCACAGCUUGUGUAGCCAGUUUGCUGGUGGUCCAGGCAGACAUUAUAACAGAAGCUCCAGUGGGCCAGCUGUUUGUCUAUGAGCUACACAGAGAAGUUUUCCAGAGUGAAUUUGAGCCUUUCCAUAAAAUCUUUGGUCAUGUUUAUAAUGAUCCCAUGGUGUUUAAAUGCAACAAGGAGCGAUUUCCAGAUCUGCCCCGGUGGCUCCGCUUUACCCAGAGAGACCCCUAUGACAACGGCUUCCUGUAUGGAAUGCCACUGCUGCAGGACAAGGGCAGAAACAUUAUAGAGAUUUUUGUGGUCAACAAACGCAGCUAUGACACGUUUAAAGAGAGGCUGGUGAUAAAUGUGGGUCCUGCAGUAAAGCAAAUGCCAUACCAGGCUGAGUUCUUCAUAGAGUUGAGAGAAAUUGAGAAAGUGCUGCCCCCUGGUGUUCAGGAGGAGAUCAAACUGGAUAUUCAGAAUCUGUGGGGAACAGACAGGCUCGAUUUUGUCAACAUUACCUCUGCUCUGGACAGGGGUGGUCGUGUUCCCCUUCCUCUACCAGGAUAUUUUGAGGGUGUGUAUGUUAAACUGGGUUCAGACCAGCCCUUUUCCAAAUGUAUGCAAAGACUUCAGACGGUGGAGCAUCAGAGAGAGUGUGCAGCUGGAGGGAAGAUCAAAGGAGACUGCCACACAUGCACAAACCCAGCCAACUGCAUCACCUGGUGCAAAUCUGUUUUGUUUGAUCUGUCCAAGCCUGUUCCACCUGCCCCGGUUCCAACUGUGGGUUCAGAGAUCCUUGAGUGGGGUGGAGAAUUCAACCCUCCAGAGUCUCCACCUGAGAGAGAUUUCUUCCCAGACUACAUUGUCACAGUCAUCAUUCCCUUUGCUCUCGCUCUGAUCUUGUGUCUCCUCCUGGCCUACAUUAUGUGCUGCCGGAGAGAAGGAGUUCUGAAACGAAAUGUCAAGACCGCUGAGCUCCAGCUGUACCAUCACCACACCAUCCAGGGUAACGCCAACGAGCUGCGGAGAAUGGCUGGGCGUGACAGGCUCACUGUGGACCCCCCUCGCCAGUGCUUACAGCCCCUCCUCAUGGCGGAACAGGCAAUGGCAGAGUGCUGAAUGACUGCCACAUCACAGACAUUAUAUACAUCUUUUAUAGCAAAGUUGAAGAGUAUUCUGUGGAAGCGAGAGACUUUUUGUUUGUUUUUUGUUUUAGUUUAUUAGUUUAUUUUGCUGUGUGUCUUAAGGUUAAGGGCACCAGACUGGCAACAACAUAAGGGAACAUGGUCUUUUCUUGGAGUUUGGGUAUUAAAGGCUAUAUAUAAAAAGAAUGCCUUAUUCUGUGCAUGUUGAAUGAAAAAGUCCAUCCUGAUAAGCUUUCUGCAUGUAACAUACUGUAUAUUACUGUAGAGAGUUGCACUUGUCUGUCAAAUAUCCAAAGGACAGGAAACAUGGGUUGUAAAAAUGAGACAUGACCUAAAACCUUAAAACAUUGCAGCCUAUUGAAUGAACUGUAUAUCUAUCCCACAGCCUCCUUUUUACUUGCAUAAAAUAAAAGAUGCGAUCUACCCUGAAUAAGAUGAAUUGCUUUUGUAUGGCUGCUCAAGCCCAGAUAUGAUAUAUCUGGUCAACAGGUGUGAAAAAGCAGAUUUUUGGAUUGGCUCUACUCCUAUUUAACAUACAGAUGUUGCGUAGGACAAAACAGUUGCAGAAUGUAAUAUAAAAGCCUCACUUGAUUUUGUAUAGAAAUGUCAUUUAUUGUUUGGGUGUACUUAUUUUUUUGCUCAUUAAAAAACGUUUUUC